GUCAUUUGUUACUUUGCGAAUAUUACUUUUCUUUUCUACAAACAGACAUUGCGAGGGCUGUAUUCAAUGUGAUUGUUUAGAGUUAACAUUAUGGAAUACGAUUCAACACUACCUACAAACAUAUGUAACUAUCUUUUCUUGUCGAUCUACCAUGGUACGCAUGGAUGUCCAGAUGGGUGUGAAGCUGUGUCCAGAUACAGAUGGGGCAUUUGUAUCUAUUGGGUACACGUCUCAGCCUAAUUGCCAAUGUCCUUACAUCUGGUCUGUAGAAAUCAAGAGUACUUCGAAAAGUUCACCUUCGAUUUUGCAGAAUACACCCAAUGUGACUGUACCUACUUCGACUUAUCAGUCUACAGAUCAAACAUUGGACACAGAUUUGGCAUAUAGUUCUUUUAGUUCGUCUUUGAAAAUGAGAGCUAUCGUUGUUGUUAUUUGUGUUCUACAAGUCGUCAUACUUGGAUAGCAUAUUGAUGUCAACUGUCUUAAUGGGUAUGAUGACCGAACGAACAGAAUUUGGAGAUUCUCAACAACACUAUGUACAACUUAAACAAA